AACCUUCAUCACACCCUCCGUCUCUUCACCAUCCCCUUAAAGCUUCAUCGCUCAUUUCGCGCACUGACAUAUUCCAGCCAGCUGCCUCGGUCGAUGGACAGCGGGAGCGGCCAAAAAGCACGGCGUCCCUAACGCUCCUCAACAUCCUGCUCGCCCGCUGAAGCCGGAGUCACGCCGCGUUCCUGGCUGCGCUGAAGGAACCGACGCCGCAGCCUGUGUAGGAUCCCCGAGCACCAUCUAACAGUCUCAGCCGACGCUCCAAGGAUAUGCCCCCUUUUUUGGGAAUCUGAUACAAAAUUUUAUUCUCCCUAAAAUUUUAUUUUUUCCUAAAUUAUUUUUCAUUUAAGCACACCUAUCUUAGUUCAUCCUGUUUAGCAGCCUAUAAUAGUAGUAUUUAUAUCAACAGUACUAUAUUACGGCAGCAUCCUUUUUUUUACUAAGUGUAUUAUAGUCUAUACAUAAUUUAUUUCUAUUGUUAUUUAUUUUCUGCUACAGCUGUAUACACUCUACCUUUAUUUGAAAUAUAGACUUAGCUUUAUUACCGGCUUUCGGGGCAUCUUUACACAUCGCGAAACCACAUUAUUUUGAUCGCAUAACCUGGAUACAAGUGGAGAAACGCCUGCGCUGGAUAGCCACUCCGCUAUCUCGUUUUCCCCGGUGUAGAAUUGGCUUCCGUGUCGCAUGGAUAAAAGGUAUGAGGACCUGGUGCAGUUCUCAGGGUCAGAGGGCAUGCUUGUGGGGGGGUACAGAGAAACCAUGAGGUCACUUCCCCCCCCCCACUAUGGCCACCCUGUUGCAGACUCCCUCAAACACCACCGAGACCAGAUAUAUGGUCACCCCCUGUUUCCACUGCUGGCUCUGGUGUUUGAGAAGUGUGAGCUGGCCACCUGCUCUCCGCGGGACUCCACCGCGUCGUCCAGUCAGCCACACCUCCACGGGGGGACCAGCCACAAUGACGUCUGCUCCUCCGACUCGUUUAACGACGACAUCACUGCUUUUGCUAAGCAGAUUCGCUCAGAGAAGCCGAUUUUUUCAUCAAACCCCGAACUGGACAACUUGAUGAUUCAGGCGAUUCAGGUCCUGCGCUUCCACUUGCUGGAACUUGAGAAGGUCCAUGACCUCUGUGACAACUUCUGCCACCGUUACAUCACCUGUCUGAAAGGUAAAAUGCCCACUGACCUGGUCCUGGAUGAUCGGGAGGGCGGGUCAAAGUCAGACAUGGAGGAUUUCACUGGCUCCUGCACCAGUCUAUCAGAUCAGAACCAGUCGUGGCUGCGGGACCCAGAGGACUGCGUUUCUACCCCCUCGGGGACCCCUGGCCCCUCCUCCUGCGGCAUGCCUUCCCAUGGCACCGACUGCAGUGACGCCGGGGACGGUCUCGAUGGCGCCGUGGCCUCCCCCAGCACGGGCGAGGAAGACGAGACCGACCGGGACAGGAGGAACAACAAGAAGCGGGGGAUCUUCCCCAAAGUAGCCACUAACAUUAUGAGGGCUUGGCUCUUCCAGCAUCUAUCGCAUCCGUACCCUUCUGAAGAGCAGAAAAAGCAGCUCUCCCAAGACACCGGUCUCACCAUCCUGCAGGUCAACAACUGGUUUAUCAAUGCAAGGCGCAGAAUAGUCCAGCCCAUGAUAGACCAGUCAAAUCGCUCAGGUCAAGGCGCCCCCUAUAGUCCAGAAGGAGCAGCGAUGGGGGGCUACGGACUGGAAGGACAGUCCCAUUUGGGCCUCAGGACUGCAGGACUUCAAGGAAUGACAACCUUAUCCUCAGAUUACCCCGGGCCUGUCCUACCCCAGCCAGGGUACUCCCACGGUCCCCCUUCCCUGCAUCCAUACCCAGCCCCACACCCAGCCAUGCUGCUGCACCCACCCCCCCACCCACAUCCUGCCGAGCCCCUCAUAGGCCAGGGCCUGGACAUACAUGCGCAUUAACUGGGGAUGGGGGAGGGGCAUGAACAGGGAGGCCACACCCACACCGAGGCACUGUCACCACCUACAGCCAAUCAGCACGGUCUGGCUUACACAUCCAGACUCUCUCCAAACUUAUACACAUAAACAUUCACUUAUUUACAGCAGUCAGAACGAAAACACUGCUAUAUGUGCAGAAAUAUAAAUAACGUCAUAAACACCAAGCAGCAAAUAUCAAUAUUAUUUGCAAGCCGAGAUCAAACACACCACAAAGCGCAGCCUUUGAUUCAGACGCACUCCUCUCCUCUCUUCCUGUCCUCUCCUCCCACAAAUUAGCCCAGUGGCACAAAGAACCCAUUAUUUUCUAAAAGCCCCCCCCCCCCACCCGUCAUCCCCCGCGCACUGGGUACCUUCUCCACCCUCGCUCUUCCGAAGGUCACGCCGCCGCGGCCACUGGGAGGCCUGUCCGCUUCGCGCCGGAACAGCGAUAACCAUCCGAUGACGAGAUGCAGCUGCCGCUCCCUUACAAAGCACCGUCCCCUGGAUUUUCCGGCCGCCCAAAAAUCCCCGAACGCGCAGGGAGCUACGUGAAAGGGGGCAGAGGGGCCGUCUCACCUAAAAAGGCGAACUGCACCGUCUCAGUCUUCCCAUCUCUGCCUGGUUAAUGCCCCCCCCCCCCCCAGAAUGGCCUGAACUCACAAAGCAGCACAUGAAUGGGCAAAUGAUGCCGCUGUCUUCAUUCUGCGACCACACCACAUUUCCGCGAAUGUCUUUUUUUGUUUAUUAUUUUCUGUAAAUAGAAAUAUGUAUCAGAGAAAGGACUUGAAGGUUUUUAUAUGUUUUCUUUUUUUUAACAUGGCAGUCUUUGCCGUCUGUAAACAUUCUAAGGAUUUCCCUUAGCCUCCAUGGCGUUAAUACUUCCCUUUUCAAAGUACUUCCAGCCAGCCAGGGUGUCUGCGGGAGCCUCUUCCCUGGGUGUUCCCACAGCCUGCGCCACACAUCGGCCUUCAACCAAGUCUUCCCCCCCGUGGGUCAAUGUGACCGCCAGAGCAGCCCCGCCCCCCCGCCACCCACCCAGCCAUGACACGCGCAUCUAAAACAGCUCUUCCCGUCACACAGGCAUUUAUGCUGCCCCCCUCGCUGCACGUGCACCUCUGUACAGAACUGCCUCGUAAUCUCCUCCGACUGCGGUAGAGACUCGGGGUCAUUCCUGUCUCGCCUCUGAACGGACGAGGCCGGCAAAAAGACUCUCAAAACACAAACAGAGCUGCUGUAGCCCAGACCGUGUCCUUCUAACAAAGGACUUAGAAGAUGAUGUUAACAGUUAUAAUAAUGAUUAUGACAUUAAAAUGCUCUUUUUCAAAUA